AUGGCUCUGUCGGUUCGCAGCAGCUUCGGUGGUUUGUCUCUGGGAGGAGGUUCAGGUCUGUCGAUGGGCGGAGGCAUCGGAGGAGCCAGGAUGAGCGCCUUCAGUGUGAGCGGAGGAGCCGGAGGCAGCGGCGUGCGGGUCUCCUCCGCCUCCAGGUCCUUCUCCUCAGGAGGUGGCGCUGGUGCCGGGUUCGGUGCCGGUUUCGGUGCCGGUGCCGGUGCCGGGUUCGGCGGCGGCGCAGGAUUCGGAGGGGGCGACGGCGUGAUCGGAAACGAGAAGUUCACGAUGCAGAACCUGAACGACCGUCUGGCCGCGUAUCUCACCAAAGUGGCGUCUCUGGAAAAGGCCAACGCAGACCUGGAGCUGAAGAUCCGACAGUUCCUGGAGAGUCGCGUGGGCCCCGCCUCCAGCGACUUCGGCGCCUUCUUCAUCACCAUCGCCGAUCUGCAGGCCAAGAUUCACGCUGCCAUCCUCGCCAAAGGAGCCGUGAACCUGAGUAUCGACAACGCCAACCUCGCCCAGGACGACUUCAGAGCCAAGUACGAGACAGAGUUGACCAUGCGUCAGUCUGUGGAGGCCGACAUCGCGGGGCUCAGGAUGAUGUUGGGAGAACUGGGAAUGGCCAAAGCCGACCUGAGUCUGCAGAUCGACGCCCUGAAGGACGACCUGGUCACGCUCAAGAAGAACCACGAGGAGGACCUGCUGCUCUUGCGCUCUCAGAUGAGUGGGCAGGUGAACGUGGAGGUGGACGCCGCUCCUCAGGAAGAUCUCACCAAAGUCAUGGCCGAGAUCCGCGAGCACUACGAGGCCGUGGCCGCCAAGAACCAGAGGGACCUGGAGGGAUGGUUCCACGCCAAGUCUGAGGCGCUGUCGAAGGAGGUGGCCACCACAGAAAUGACCCUGAAGUCGUCCACAUCAGAAAUCAAAGAAGUGAAGAGCACUCUGCAGGCGCUGGAGAUCGAGCUGCAGUCCAUGAUGAGCAUGAAAGCGUCUCUUGAAAUGUCUUUGUCUGAGAUCCAGGCCAGAUACGCCGCUCAACUCAGCGGCUUCCAGAUGAAGGUCGGGGCGUUGGAGGGGCAGCUGGUGGGCGUCAGAGCAGAUCUGGAGCGACAGGGGCAGGAGUACAGCAUGCUCCUGGACAUCAAGACCCGCCUGGAGCUGGAGAUCGCAGAGUACAGGAGACUCCUGGAGGGAGGAGUCGCCGUGUCCGCCUCCGCUAAGUCUUCCUCGUCCUUCUCCUCGUCCUCGUCCGAGGUCUCCAGCUCCUCGUCUUCCUCCUCCACCACCGUCACCAAAGUCGUGACCACCGUGGUAGAAGAAGUCAUCUCCUCGUAAGAACCUCCCCAGACCCUCAGCGCCGCCAUCGGGAGAACAGAGAACAACACGAGAACAACACGAGAACAACACGAGAACAACACGAGCAGAACAUCUCCCACCCUGACGACCGAAG